AUGUUUUCCUCCUUAGCAAUAAUAUCUCUCGCCUUGGCAUCUUGCUCCGCCGCCGCGGCGCCCGAGGCCCAAGCGCAGCUUCGCGGGGCGCGAAUUUGCCCCUGGACGCCCCUGGAAGAGUCGCUGUUGGAGUGUUCGACCUGGGAUGUUGCGAAAACAGAAAAUCACUCUGAACGCAAUUCACGGAAUGAUACAAGGCAAAAUGAGCCUCUGGGGUGGACCGGGCCGCAUGGAUGCGCGGGCAACUACUGCUUAUACGCCAACCGGGGCUUUGCGGCCGGACGAGGGGUGGUCAUCAUCUCGACGCCAGAAAAUGUGCAAAAGUUGAAGGGUAUGGAGGCCAAAUUCCAGAUCGCGGACGACCCGAGUGCCUCAAAACCAUCAUUUCGCGUCACCGAGGUUGAGGGUAAGGGGCUGGGCAUGAUCGCCAACAAGUCGCUCGCCCGAGGGGACACAGUCAUGCUGAAAACGCCAGUCCUCAUCGCCCAUCGCGCGUUCAUCGAACGGACACCGCCAGCAGAACAGCACCCUCUCCUCGACUCCGUAGCGCAGCUUCUUCCGGCAUCAACACGAGAGACGUUCCUCGGCCAGAUGGGCCACUUUGGCGGCCACAAAGUCGUCGACAUCAUGCAAACCAACUCGUUCCAGAUGGACCUCGGCGGGGGAGCUCAGGGCGACGGCCACCAUUACGGCAACUACCCCGAGGUGUCACGGUACAACCACGACUGCCGGCCCAACGUCGCCUUCCACAUCGGCGCCGACGGACGUCACCGGACGACGGUCGUGCGGCCGGUGAAGUCGGGCGAGGAGCUCACGAUAUCGUACCUCGACCAGCUGGGCGUGCGGUCCGAGAGACAACACCGCGCGAAGCUGGCGUGGGGAUUCGAGUGCGGGUGCUCGCAGUGCAGUCUGGCGAAGAAGCAGGCGGCGGCGUCUGAUCAGCGGUUGAUGGAUAUCCAGGAGAUUGAUAGGACGCUUUCGGAUAUCAACGCCAGGGUGACGACCGCGCUCAUUGAGAAGUUUCUGAAGCUGCACAAGGAGGAGAGGCUAGAGUCGAAGCUCGCGGGCGCGUGUACCAUCGCAGCGCUCAACUUCAACCUGCUCGGGCAUGCGAAGCAGUCCGUCAAGUAUGCAAAGCUGGCGGUGGAGGCAGGUUUAAUGGAGAAUGGGCCAGGGACGGCAGAUGUUGAGGCCAUGCAAAAGCUCGCAGCUGAUCCCAAAGGGCACUUUACAUGGAGGGGAAGGGUAAAAUAA